AUGCGUCUCGAGUUUCCAUCAAAAUCCCCUCUGGUCGGCAACCGCACAGGAAUCAUAUGCUCACACCGCAGGACAGCCUAUUACGCCAGAACCAAGGGCCGAACGCAGGAGAUCCCUCCCGACGGCUCCCGAUCACCGCUGCCGCCCCGGCCACCGCUCCUCUCGUCGCGCUCCCUGCCCGACCUGAGCGCCGACGUCCGCGCCGCCCUCGGGGCCCCCAAGCACGACGAUGUCGCCUACCGUCACAGCGUCUGGACCCGCUGCCGGUGCUGCCGGCCCGGGCGCGGUCCUCUGGCGCUGCUGCGCCGCUUCGCCCUCGUCCCGCUCAUCGACGCCCUGCAGUUCCUCGAGGAGGCGUCCGAAUCCGUCUCGCCCAUCAUGCCCGCCCUGGUGGCCUCCAUGUUCCUGCUGAUCGCGCUGCCGCUGCUGAUCGCCUGGGACUACCUGUGA